UUUAACAUAUUUAGAAGACAUUAAUUACUUUUAGAAAUUAUUAAAAGAAAUUAAAUACUUUUCGAUUAUAAUAUGAGUUAAUCACUAAAUAAUAGACCUUCUGAUAUUGAUCGGUCUUUAGCUAUUUUUUACCACCCGUUGUUUUAAGAAAUUACUUCUUAAUGGACAUUCGCCCUUUUUAGAAAAAAUAAACCUGAUAUAUAACAGAAUUACAAACAUCCACAAGAUUUUUAAAUGAAUUUUUUAGAAUUUAUAGAAUUUAAUUUAAAAGUUUAAAAAUGCCUGCUUCCCCAAUUUGAUUUAUCAAAUGCUUUUGUCUCUGCUUUAAAUGAUUGGGUUAAAGAAAUAACUGAAUGCUUCAAUUAUGCAGAUCUUUACUCUUCGAAUGAGACAGAUGUGCUCAACUUAAAAUUAGAAAUAGAAAAGACUGAUAAAGAAAGUCUUACUUUACCUGUAGAAGAAUAUUUGCAAUUUAUUGAUAUGUUUAAGGAGCAUGAAGCUUUUAAGAUUGUUAAAUUUCAUAUUACUAAUGAAGUAUUUUGUAAGUUUUUAUUUGAUUUGUGUACUACUUGGUGUGAAUUCUUGGAUAUUGAAUUAUUUGUAAUAUUCAUGUUCAGCAUAUUUCUACAAAUAUCUGAUGGUGAAGAGGGAAUUAAAGAUUCGAUGCUUAAAAAUACGCUUGAAAUAGAAAAUUUGAGAUUUGAGUUUUUCGAGGAAUUUGAGCGUUAAAAAGAAAUAUAUGCUAAGUAAAAAAAGAAAAACUUACGUUAUUAUAGAGCUUGGUGUGAAUGGAAUUAUUUAAGGUUAAAUGAAAUGGGUGAAAAUGUAAUUUUAAAACUCUCUAGUAUAUUUGGAGAGGAAGAAGAAGAUAGAAUAUACGAUCUUGUAUCGAUAUUUGAAAAGGCUAUUGAUACUAUUAAUAAUGAAAUAACUUCAUAGAUGGGAAAAACAAUCCCUCAAUAAAUUGAUAAUUAACAGGUAGAUAAAGGUAUUAAAAGCUCAUAAGAUAAAUCAGCUACUAUUAUGCAAGACGAAGGUUCUAAGUUAAGCUAAAGGUAACAUGGAGCUAUGAUUGCUUCAAUAAGUCCUCAACUAAACUACUAAGAAUCUUUUUAGCAGUUAGGGGAAAGCAAAGACUUGAUUAGAUAAAAAUUGAAUUAGCUAUAAUAAAAGGACUUCAACUAAUAAUUAAUUAGCCAAAAGCAGCAAAUAUUAAAAUAAAUUUAGUAAGAUUAGAAUAAUGGAUUGUAACAUACCACUUAUUAAGAUAAUAAAUAGUAAUAAUUUGAAGUAGACUAUGAUGAGAGAGGGAAUAUCGUACUUAAAAAGAUAGUUAAAAUUCCUGUAUUAGGUAAACAUAUCAAUCCAUAACCAAAGAAUAACGAUUAAACAAAAAUUUAUCUGAGAAAUAGAGGAGAAAAUCCAAUUUAAAAUUACUAAAUUGAUUCUUCCUUUCUAGUUCCCUAAGUAAGAAGCACUUCAUUGUAGCCAAAUCAAGCUGUGAAUAAAACUUUUUCUGAAGGCUAAACAAAUUAGAAUCAAAAUUAAGAAAAUUAUUAGAAUAUAAAUAAUACAAGAGAAGAUGUUGGAUAAUUACCUGAUUCAUUAGGUUAACCUUUUUAAAAGUAAUUUCACUCUAUAGCCUUAUCAAGCAGAGGAUCUAGUAGAUAAAAAUAAAUGAGAAAUAGUUUUUUAUAAGGAGACUCUAAUAAUUAAUCAAGAUAGAAUUUCAGUUAAUCUAAAUAAAUAUACUAAAAUCCUCUUCUUGAAAAAGAGUCUUAGAAGCUAUAGAAUUAAGCUUAAAAGGAUUUAAACAAAACAUUUUAGAAAGAAGCCAUUGAAACCCAUUUAAAAAAAGGCAUAAAUCAUCAAAGCCCACCAAAAAAAUAAUUUUCUCCCAAAAAAGACAUAAGAAUUACAAAAAGAGUUACACCUGGAGGACUUUCUUCAUCUUUCUAAAAUAAAGAUUUAGGAAACUCAGCCAAUAAGCCAUAUUUUAACUAUGAUGGAUAGUAGGAAAAUGAGCAAACAGGAACGAAUUAUUCAUUUUUUAAUCAUAAUCAAUAAGGGCAAUUUUAGCAAUAGUUUGAAGCUAACAUAAAGAAAAAUUACGAAGAAGAGGAAAAAAAAUAAAUUGAUAACUCAUAAAAGUUUUAAUCUAAAUUAUAUUAAUUUACUAAAUAAUCUUUAAUAACUUCUCCAAAGUUUGAAACAUCUGACAAUUCUGUUUUAAUUCCUGAGUUUCUAAGAAAUUUAAAAGCAAAAAUACUUCAAAAAGAGUAAAUAAAUAAAGAAAUGAACAUAUUUGAUAAAGAAUUAAACGAUUUAAGUAAAACAGAUUUUCUUAAUGAAUUUAGUAAUUCUAUAUAUCAAACAAAGAGAAAUGCAUAGCUUGAUGUACCUAAAAAAGUUCUACUUAAUCCAAAAAUUGGAGCUGAUGAACUAAGAGAUAAAGUGAACAAAUCUUUUGAUAAAGGUAGAGGAAAAAUUAAGCAAAUAGAAUAAAUAUUAGAACCAAAUUAUACUAUUAAAACUUUACCUCAUCCUACUAAAAAGAAUAAAUAAAAUUAAAGCAAAGGGGAAAGGUUACUUGCAUCACCCUCAAAAAGAUUUAACUAACGCGAUUAUUAAUAUGAAAUUCUCCUUGAUGAUUAACUUAAUAAACUCAAAGAAAUAUCUAUGAAAGAAACAGGUUAAAAAUAAUAAGCCAACAGUUUUGAUUAAGAUUAACCUAAUUAAAAUUAAGCUUACAAAAGAGCAGUAGACCGCUAUAAGCAUGUAUGGAAAAAGUAUUUAAGUGAAAGUGAUAUGUAUAUGCUAAAUGAUUGGGAUUCUCUCUACAAAAUUAUAAUUAUUUUGAAGAGGAAAUUUGCUUAAGAUCAUAGAGAAAAUUAUCUAAAUUUACUCAAUUUAGAUUUAGCUUCUAAUUAUUAAUCUUCUUCUUAAAAUGAUUUUGAUGAUUCUUCAACUUAAGCUUCAGGUGAGCACGAAAAUAGAUUUGUGCUUGACAAAGAAAAAUUCUAAAAAACAAUUUAAAAGUUACUAAAAAGAGAUGAAAGAAGGAAAAAGAGAAGAAGACAAAAACGCAAAGCGAAGUAGAAUACGAAUCAGAUCUAAGCUUAUGAUAUAUUUAAAGAAAAAAGAAAAAAAUUCUAGCUUACAAAAUUCAGAUCAAGAUCAAAUAAACAACUAUUUAAAGAUGUAUUUCUUUUACCAUAAAUUUCAAAGCCUAAUUGA